AUGGAGGAAACCCGGUCCAAACCUUCUACACCGGAGCCGAGUCCCGCGCCAAGUCCGGCGCCAAGUCCUGCACCUAGUCCUGCUCCCAGUCCGCUGCUGGACAGAAUCCCUUUGCCAUCAGGGAACCAUGUAGAGCACCUGAGUGUGAACCAGAUCCAGGUAGUGGUGCGGCGUUGUUCCAGUCCAAAUGUUACAGAAGAAACAACCUAUUUUCUUCCUCGCCACCCUGUGGUGGAUGCUGGCACCAACACAGAGCCACCACUUGUCUGCUGCCCCUUGCUUCACAGAUUUUGCCCUUGUCCUCCGAGAGGCCUUGUGGCUUCUGUCAUUACAAAAGUACUCUUGGCGGCAGUGCUCUUCGGAGUGGUUUGGUCAGUCACAGAGGACGAAUGUCUUCCAGGGGGUAACCUAUUUGGCAUUACAGUGCUGUUCAUCUGUGCAGUCAUUGGUGGAAAAUUAGUAGCUCUGAUCCGGCUACCCAGACUUCCACCAUUUCCUCCACUUCUUGGUAUGCUGCUCAUGGGUUUCACGCUAAGAAAUAUCCCAGUAAUAACAGAUGGUGUGUACAUUAACUUCAAGUGGUCCGCCUCCCUCAGGAACAUUGCACUGGCGGUCAUUCUAGCCAGAGCCGGUUUGGGUUUGGAUCCCUCAGCUCUGAGGAAGCUGAAAUCUGUGUGUUUGCGUGUGGCAGUAGGGCCUUGCAUCGUUGAGGCCUGCACUAUAGCUCUUGUCUCCCAUUUCCUCAUGGGUUUACCAUGGGUGUGGGGCUUCAUCCUUGGCUUUGUCCUUGGCGCUGUGUCUCCAGCAGUAGUGGUCCCCUCCAUGUUGCUGCUGCAAAAGGAUGGUUAUGGUGUGGAGCAGGGAAUCCCCACGGUUUUAAUGGCAGCUGGCAGCUUUGAUGACAUCCUUGCUAUAACAGGGUUCACUACAUGCUUGGGCGUGGCUUUUGCUACAGGUUCCACAUGGUACAACCUUUUGAGAGGUGUGCUGGAGGUGGCCGGUGGCCUGCUUGCUGGGAUCCUUCUUGGCUUCCUCAUCCAGUACUUUCCCAGUCUCGACCAGAAACACUUGGUGAUGAAACGUUCCUUUCUGGUACUUGGCUUGUCUGUCUUUGCGGUGUUUGGCAGCGGUGUGGCUGGCUUUCCUGGGUCCGGUGGCCUCUGCACUCUAGUACUGGCAUUUCUUGCCGGUCUCGGAUGGGGUACAGAAAAGGCACGCGUGGAGGAAGUGGUGGGCUGGGCAUGGGAUGUGUUUCAGCCGCUUUUGUUUGGCUUAAUUGGAGCAGAGAUACGAGUGUCACAGUUGGACGGACACGUAGUUGGUCUGGGUAUAGCUUCUCUACUCAUUGCCCUGCUGGUUCGGCUCCUGUUUACCUACGUUUGCGUGUUGUUCGCCGGCUUUAAUAUUCGUGAAAAGCUGUUUAUUGCCCUAGCCUGGAUGCCCAAAGCCACUGUACAGGCAGCCAUUGGCUCCACAGCUUUGGACAUGGCCAGGAUAAGAGAAGACACGCAGAUGCAGAAGUACGGCAUGGAUGUGCUGACUGUGGCUGUACUUUCCAUCCUUCUAACGGCACCAGUAGGAGCCCUUAUCAUUGGCCUUUGUGGUCCAUGUCUGCUGCAGAAACCAAAGAACUCAGCCUGUGGUGAGCGAGUCAAACCGAAUUUAUCAGCCUUUUUCUUAGGCACUGCGGCAGGUGAUGAAGACAAUGAAACGCCAGUCACCUAUGAAAGCACUCUGUGA